CAUGAACAUAAGCGGUCAUAUUAGAGGAUCGGAGGACUUAGUUUUUGCAAUCUAAACACGACAACCUGUGCAUUUCUAAUCAAAAACUUUAUUUUCUUUUUUCAAGUUCGAGAAUGUGUGAGAACAUUGAAUCAUUUGAAGCCUUUCUACGCAUUCCCAGCUUCUUCUAUCGUAGUGUUGGCGUUGAUCUUUGGAACACAAAUGGUGGGUCGAUACAACGGUUUAUUUUCUAUUUUGGCUUUUUGAAUGUCAAUUUGUGGCUACUCUCCGAACUAAUUUUUGCCAUCAUAACUGUCAGUGAGAACUUCAUACAAGCCACCAUGACACUCUCCUAUGCUGGCUUUGUGCUCGUUGGCUCUAUAAAAAUGUACUUUAUGUGGCGAAAAAAAACAGAGAUGACACAAUUUCUCAAACUCAUGGAUGAAAUUUUCCCGCGCACAGCCGAACAACAAAAAAUGAUGAACUUACGACGACACUUGCGGCAAAGUACGAUUGUUAUGAGCGGCUUUGCAUUGAUUUUCAUGAUACUCAUCUGGACGUAUAAUCUCUAUCCCUUCAUGCAACGACAAAUCUACGAUUGUUGGCUGGAUACGCGCAGUAUCAAUAAAACACUACCUUAUGAGAGCUAUAUACCAUGGAAUUGGCACAAUCAUUGGAGUUUCUAUUUGUAUUAUGUUUUGCAAAGUAUUGCGGGUUAUCAUUCCGCUGCGGGGCAGAUCGCUAGCGAUUUGGUCUUAUGUGCCAUGGCUACACAAAUGAUCAUGCAUUAUGAGUAUGUUUCACACAAGAUAAGAAGUAGAUAUAGGGGAGAGCGAAAGUGUGUGGACAGCAAAAGCGUUAGUUGCCUGAAUGCGUUAAAUCAUUGGACGGAGGAGCAAGUGGCAACGCAUAAGGAUAUGAGGUGGCUUUGCGAAACAAUAGCCUAUCAUUCCAAUCUAUUGAGCUUAUCCGAUGUUAUGAAUGAUGUAUUAGGUGUACCGUUGUUAGUAAACUUCAUGACUUCGUCUUUUGUCAUUUGCUUUGUGGGCUUCCAAAUGACAAUGGACGCCGAGCCGGAUUAUAUGGUUAAGCUGUUUCUUUUCCUAUUUUCAUCGCUAGCGCAAAUCUACUUGAUUUGCCAUUAUGGACAGCUACUUAUCGAUGCGAGUAUCAAUGUAGCUGCAGCUGUAUACGAUCAGGAUUGGUUCGAUUUGAAUGUGCGUUAUCAACAUAUGCUGGUGCUGGUGGUUGCCCGCGCCCAAAAACCAGCAAUGUUGAAGGCAACAAAUUUUGUGCGCAUCUCUCGUGGCACCUUGACUGAUAUUAUGCAAAUUUCCUACAAGUUCUUUACGCUCAUUCGUACAAUGUACAGUGAUUAAAGUGCAACCAUUCCAUGGACAAUCGAACACACGAUUUUAUGCCGCUUUUGCUUUUGUUUCUCGUCAUAUACUCGUAGUAAUACAUAUAUGAAUAUAUACAUAUAUAUGUAUGUGUGUAUGUGCAACUAUGGAAAUGAUGAACACAGAUGUUCGCGUGAUAAAUUAGGAAUUCAAUAUGCAAUUCGAAAUAUUAGCAUUUGUAAUCCGUAUGGAAUUUCAGCAGCGGCAGCAUAUGUAUGUAAAUUUAAUAAAAUUUUAAUUAAAACCAACCGUGACUGCAAAGUGUAAACAGAAUGUUUAAAUUAUAAACUACAAUUAAAAUUAAAUAAAAAAUGU